UGUCUUUAUUUCUGGAAUCAUACUUUUUUCCACUCACAUUCUCUCUUUGAUUUGUAUCUCAUAUACAUAUAUAGAUAUAUAUAUAUACAGACACAAGUAACACAAUAUAAUCCAACAACCCCUAAAUCACAUACUCACACAAUCAGUUGAAUGUAAUAUGAAAUUGAGGGAAUAUAUUAUUGUAUAUAUUCAUUACAAUAAUAAUCACUGUGAAAAUGGGGGAGUCAAAAGCUUGGAGGUAUAAUGGUGGUGGUGUGUUAGUUUUAUCAAAUAAUAAUAAUAAUUAUUAUAGGAAAAAAGUGAAGUAUAAUCAGAAUCAAAACAAGCAUUAUUAUUUUUGUUUUUGUUGUUGGUUAUGUGGGGAUUCGGCCGGGACCGGGGGCAAAGGACAUCGAAGGCGGAUCACAUGGCCCAUGUUUUGUGGAGUGAUGUUGUUUGUUUUAGGUUUGAUUUCCUUGUUCACUGGUCACGUUGCUACGAAUCUCGAGUGGUAUUCUCAGAAACUAGCUAAACAUGGGUUUUGGAAAAACAAUAUGGUUGGAUUUGGUCGUAGACCAAUUGACAUCUGGAAAUCUGAGUUCUCAAAGUUCUAUAAUGGAUGCAGUGAAAGAGGCCCUCAUUAUGCAUCUCCUGUUCAUGAGCAACAGUCAAAUGGCUACCUACUUAUUGCUGCCAGUGGAGGGCUGAACCAGCAACGUACCGGAAUAACUGAUGCUGUAGUUGUUGCACGAAUUUUAAAUGCGACUUUGGUUGUUCCUGAGUUGGAUCAUUAUUCAUUUUGGAAGGACGCGAGUGACUUUGCACACAUUUUUGAUGUCGAUUGGUUUAUCUCUUUCCUUGCGAAGGAUAUUACUGUUGUCAAAAGGGUCCCAGACGAAUAUAUGAGAUCGCUUGAGAAACUCCCAUAUACCACGCGAGUCCCACGGAAAUCAGAACCUCAAUAUUACCUUGAUGAAGUUCUGCCCAUACUCUUGAGACGACAUGUUGUUCAGUUGACAAAGUUUGAUUAUAGGCUUGCCUCUGACCUUAACGAAGAGCUGCAAAGGUUACGGUGCCGGGUCAAUUAUCAUGCUUUACGCUUCACACAACCGUUGCAGAAUCUUGGUAACAAGCUAGUGAUGAAAAUGAGGAAUAUGGCGAACCGCUAUAUUGCUGUUCACUUAAGGUUUGAGGCUGAUAUGCUUGCAUUUUCUGGCUGUUACUACGGUGGUGGUGAUAAAGAGAGAUAUGAGCUCGGUGAAAUCAGAAAAAGAUGGACAAAUUUGGCUGAAGCAACUCCUGAUGGAGAUCAGAAACGAGGGAAAUGUCUUCUUACGCCUCACGAGGUGGGGCUGAUGCUGCGUGCACUUGGUUUUGAUAAUGACACACACAUCUACAUUGCAUCUGGUGAAAUUUAUGGCGGCGAAGCUACUUUGCAGCCUCUUCAGGAACUUUUUCCAAACUUUUACACAAAGGAGAUGCUGGCCGGUGAAGAGCUCAAGCCUUUUCUUCCUUUUUCAUCUCGUCUUGCUGCCAUAGACUACAUUGUUUGUGAUGAGAGUGAUGUCUUCGUGACAAACAACAAAGGAAACAUGGCAAAACUUCUUGCCGGCCGAAGGAGGUACAUGGGGCAUAAAAGGACCAUUCGACCAAAUGCCAAAAAGCUCAAUGCUUUAUUCUCGCAACGAGAGAAGAUGUCAUGGAUCGAUUUUUCUAGCAAAGUGAAAUCAGCCCAAAGGGGAUUUAUGGGCGAACCUGAUGAGAAGAAACCUGGAAAUGCUGAUUUCCUAGAAUACCCUUCUUCAUGCAUCUGCAAGAACCCUUUCCAACUUUCUGACCCUGAUAUCAACAGAACCCAAAUAUCAACAGAAAAUACUACAGACCAUGAAGCAGAAUCUGAAUACGGGCAUAAUGAAGAAGAUCCAGGUGUCAAUAAUACACGUGGAAUAGUAAAUAUAAAAUAUGAAGGUGUCCUGACUAAAGAUAAUGAUGCAUCAUCGUCGCUAGAGGAGAAGGAAGAUGAUAACUUUUUAGUCGACUAGGUGCAACAAAGAAACACGAUAAUGGUAUCUUAUUCAAAGGACUGAAUUUUCAUCGGAGACUAUUAUGAUUCUUUGAAAAGUCAAAAACAGGACGCUCUAGUACAUGCAAGAAUGAUCGAUGUUGGACAAUUUUUGAAGAUGUAAAUGUAAAAAGGAACCAAAAGACCUGGCAGUUAUACGUCUGGUUAUAAAAUAACUUAUUCCCCUUUCACGUAUUUUAUCAAGAACGAUAGUGUAGUAAUAACAUGAGUACAAUUUGUUUAGAAAGUCAAAUUCAGUCUUGAAUUCAAUUCCUAGACCAUAUUGACCUAAAUUGGCUUUACUUUUGUAUAUGGUGUGUGCA